UGAGGAGGACAUUACAAAUUGGAGACGUUUGCCAUAGACAUUGUUCUUUCUACUUAGAGUCUUCCUUAAAAUUAAAAUCCCGGAUUAGAACUUUAUACAGCCAGUUUUAUCUUAAAGAUAAAAUUCACGAAAUUCUUCAAUUAUAUUUUUUGUUUUACAAUUGAUGUAUUAUAUCCUUUUGGAUAAAGUCCCAUGAAUUAUGCAUGUGGGGAUAAUUCCUGCUGAUCACAAUUAGAUUUGAAGGACAGAAGGUCGAGUAAUUUUCAGAAGGUUGUAUUCAAAACCUCAAACACUCUGAAGGAACAAUGACCGAUAGUGAAAACACACAAGCAGGUCCAAGUUAUGAGGAAGUCCAUGAGAUUGCUAAGACUCUAGAAGGAAAAACAAAAUACAGACCGAAGCUAGGUAUUGUUUGUGGAUCAGGACUGGGAGGACUUGGUGAUUUAGUAGAAGAAGCUGAUAUCAUACCCUAUGAUGAAAUACCACACUUUCCUGUCAGCACAGUUCCUGGACAUAUGGGAAAGCUGGUUUUUGGAAAGUUGAAAGGUCAGAUAGUGGUAUUAAUGAGAGGAAGAUUACAUUGUUAUGAAGGAUAUCCUAUGUGGAAGACAACAAUACCUAUACGGGUAAUGAAGGCUUUAGGUGUAGAAACAUUAUUUCUGACCAAUGCAGCUGGAGGGAUCAAUCCUGAAUUUAACACUGGUGAUAUCAUGAUUAUUAGAGACCAUAUAGACUUUGCUGGAUUGUCUGGUGAAUGUGUACUCAGGGGAGCUAACGAUGAUAGAUUUGGACCCAGAUUCUUAGCAACAGUUGGAACAUGGGAUGAUGCUAUGAAUGAGUUAGCAGAGAAAGCUGCCAAGGAAUUAGGACUUGGUGAUAUACUGAGACGAGGCGUUUAUGUAAUGAUAGGAGGACCUACAUUUGAAACUGUAGCUGAGUCCAGGCUGCUGAAAAAUUUUGGUGCAGAUGCAGUUGGUAUGAGUACAGUAGCUGAAGCUGUUGUUGGACGUCACAUGGGUAUGAAAGUGUUUGGUAUAUCAUUGAUUACAGAUAAAUGUUGUCUAGACUACACCACUGCAAAGGUUACAACACACGAAGAAGUUUUAGCUAUAGGCCAAAAGAGGGCUAAAGAUCUGCAAAGUCUAGCUCUUAAAAUUCUAGAACUAAUGCAAUAAGUUAAAGCAUAAUUUUAGAGUAGGUUUAUGUUUAUAAUUUUUUUUUAACAUUUUUUGUUGUUUUUUUAAUUGGUUAGUUUAGCUUCCUUGCCAGCCGUUUGAUCUAAAGUUGCAUAAUGUUUACUGGUCAGCAUUUUGAUUAUAACUUUCAGAUAAUCAAGUUUGAUAUGAUUGUAGAGAUUUUAUUCUGUUUAAUGCAUUAACUUAAGUAAAUUCCUAUUGAAUUGAAUUCCUAUAUCAAUGUAUAGCCAAUAUUGUUCUAUGCAAAAGUAAAAUAAUAAUUUUGAGGUCUUUUCACUUCAAUAAAGGAUGUGUAAACAUAAAAAUAUCAAAAUUUAAGUGAAAUGUAACACUGCUGACAGUUCUUGUAAUAAGAAGGCCCUUAUUAGAUUAAUUUUUGCUAUUGUAGACAAGCAUUUGACACCUUGAAAAUUAAUUUAUUUAUUUUGAAAUAGUUUCAAUUACAUAACAAUGUAACAGACACAUGUUUCAAAAUCAAAAACAAUAUUUCAAAAUACAUGGUAUAUGACUUUCCUUUGAAUGGAUAGUGACAUAAUUGAUGAUACCUAGGCUAAAAAUUACAUAACAAUAUUUAUUUAAGGAAUGAAUGUUAUAUUUUUUCUGUCUUUGAAGAAAUAACAUAAAAAAAUGUGGUGCACACUGAAUAACCCGCAUAGCAGGUUAUAUAAAAGUCAAGUGUGCACCACAUUUUUGAGGUUAUUUCAAAUAGACAGAAAAAAUGUUAAAGUCAGCCCCUAUAAUUUAAUUCUAAAUUCUAUUUUUAAGGAGUAAAUCAUGAAAAAACCUUGAUGACGUCACGGUCUCAUGACAAAAUUAUGUUUAUGAGCUGAUAGACAAAAAACUUUUAGCCAAUCUGAAGACUUGUUACAUCCAAAAUUAAAUUAUUUGGCUAUAAUAUUUACCCAUGUUAUUCAUAUAUUGUUUGUCAAACUGUAUUAACUUAUUGUUAAAUAUGCAAUUUUGUGAUAUAUACCAUGUGAUAUGUGUAUAUUUUAGUUGUUGCAAUUAUAGAUAUUCAGAUUUGUGAUAAUAAGACAUACUGUUAACUUUCGGAUUAUAGUAAAGCAGCUUUGAAAUAAAUGAAGUAAUUUUAUUCAAUUUGAUGCAUGAGUUCCAAAAAAGAUAUCCCUAUUCAAUUGAAUUCCUAUAUCAUUAUAUAGCCAAUAUCUUCCUAUGGGAAAGUCAGUGAUACUUUUGAGAUCUUUUUAGGUAAUAGUCAAACCUUCUUUAAAGGUCACCUCUAUUAAGCUAAUGCCUGUUUUGCCAAGUCACCCUCUUCUUGUCCCACUGUUUGAACCUUAAUCUAAAGGUAACUGCUCUUACAAGGCAGUUUUAUGUGUCAGGUUCUGAGGGGGAUAUAUAUGACCUUCAUGUAAAUGAUCAACUGAAUUUCAAACACCAAUUAAAAAAAAAAAUAAAUAAAUAAAAUGAUCAUUGAGAGACUACUACAUUAAUUUUCUGGACUUAAUAUUUGUUCCAGUUACUAUCAUAUGUUUUUACAUUGUACAUUUAAGCACAAAAUGAAAUCCCCAUUUUUUUUAAUGCAAAUUUUUAUACUUGGCAGCUGAGCAGAAAGAAAUAGUGUACAUUAAAGAGCAGGGGUCACCUGGUUAUUUAAUAAAAAAAUAUGUACACAUGCAAAAAUCAUAACUUUAAAUGAACACUUCUGACAUCUAACUAUGUCAAUGCAGUAACAUUUAACUUGAUUUAUUUUCCUAUGAACUGUCUUUUUAUUAUAAUUUGGCCAAAACAUUCUUCUCUUUGACUAUUCAUUAAUGCUCUGUAAUUGUAUAGAUGCUUAACUCAUACAGGUUUAAAAGUAAGUUGCUACAAAAAUGUCACAUAAAGACUAAACUAGUAGACAGUAGUCAUUUAAAUCAAAUAAAAAAAUUGACAUAAUAUAUAAUAUAUUCAAGUUAUAUUUGUAUAUAGUUGAUGUAUAAAUUUAAUUAACUAUUUAUUAUAUUAGUUGUUGAUUUUUAAUAAAUAACUUUAGUUUUAAAUAUAUUCAAACUAAUUAUACGGGUUUUAUACAUUUAUUGAGUCACAUUUUUGUUUCGAACUUUUUGUAGACUUUCUACCAGAAAAUCAAAUGUAUAUUAUUUUGCAAGACAAAAUCCAUAUAUGAAGCUCAUAUGCUGUUAAUAUGCAAAUAAUCACAACUAACAUAAAAAUACAUUCAUAUUGAUAACAAAACUUUUUGCUAUGAGAGUAAUUUUAUCUUGUAUUCUUGCCAUUACCAAUGAAGCCAUGACUUUAAUAAUAAGCUGAAAUGACUUGGCAGCUUGAAAUGUCUUGUAAACUUGUCUUUACAAGAAGGAUAAAGACCUGAUGUUUUUCUUAAUUUUUUGUUCCCAAUGCAAGAUAAGUGCAAUGUUUACCAUUUAGUACUGACCAGCACUUUGAUUUGUUCUAGAACCAGUAUGUCACUUCAAGGUGAAUAUUUGUAAAUGUGUAUAAUUUAUUUUACUUAUCUUUUCCUACCCAGAGCAGAAAUCCUUGUUCUUAAUUGCAUAGAUAUAUGUGUCAGUCAAUAUUACACAUGAGGGUCUGGAUGGGGGUUCCUCAAUUCUUUAUUCUGUAAGUUUUUAGAUAUUUUUUUCUCUAUUCUUUAUCAGUUUUGAUCAUAAUUCUUUAUUCUUUAUAUUUUAACACCUCCUUAUUCUCUAUUCUUUAUUUUUUAUACAUAUUUUCUCUAUUCUUUAUAUUUUUAACCCUUUAUUCUGCACCUUUUGUUCAUUAUUCUCCAGUCUGUAAACCCCAUCCUGACCCUCAUACAUUCUAUUUGAAUCCUAUAUAUUGAGAUCUUGUAUUGUUACAUGUAAUGGUAUUUAUUCAUAUUGUUACACUUGAAAAAAAAAGUUUGCCAAAUGCUAAGUCUCAUAUUGUUUUGGGAGAAAAGCCAUGAUGCAAAUAACAAAUAUAUUCAUUAAUUUACUAGGACUAACAUUGUUAUAUUUUUACAUU